CGGAGUGCGACGAAAUUCAUGCAUGCGAUGUAGCUAGAAAUGGUGGAAAUUACUGUUAUUAUCAAUCCUGCCACAUGAUGAGCGGAGGAAUAUAGAUAUAAAAGGACCGAGAAUAGCCUUCGAUUUACUAUCCCUUCGCAGGUACAAAAGUUCCAACGUUCAUCUUAAAGGUUACACAGAUAUAUAUCUAAGCCUUUAAAAAAUAUUUCCUCAAAAUGAGUAACUAUCCACCCGCAGGCACUCCUUUCAAGUCCGUCGGCUUUUCUGAAUAUUGCGUGUUCAACGGCCGUGAGUUCAGGCGCAAAAGGGGGACACAACAAUGGAUCGAAUCCGAGGAACUCGAAGGCAACUUGCCUACACUAGACCGUGCACUACGCCUCUCGCUUGUCCAGGAGAAUCAAGCCGACGACGAACCCCAGCAUUGGUCACUCUUUGUCGCCCGCGAAAACGAACCCGGCCCAGUUUACCAAGUCAAAGGAGAUGCUGAAUGCAUGAGUUAUCAACCUUCACCCGGUCCAACUAACAUCCUCCAGUCGGCGUCUUUCUCAAAUGCAUACAACCUUGCCGUCGUCACGGACGCCCAGGCGCUCAUUGUAAAACAGGUGGCCGAGAACGAACCCCCUCCGAGAGCAGUAAAUCGACAGGCUGUUGUGGAAAAUUGUCAAGGCUGGACCAUCCGAGUGAUUGCUAAACUUGUGGCCAGAGGUAUUGUGGACAGUGCUAAGCUUGAGAUGGCUAGGUCCAUGGUCCAACCAAUCUGAGGACGCUGAUGGGAGAUCCCUAUUUCUAUUGUGGUGAUUCUGGGGUUUGUCUUCAUCCAUGGGGUUGGGGGUUGAUUUUUGUAUUGCAAGUAUCCGUGAGCCCUUUUUUUUAGGUCAAAACAUGACUGGACUUCUAGUUGUGGAGCAAAUGUAUUAAUCCCAUUAGUGUCUGGAGGGUGAAUCAAUGGUCGAUAUUGUUAGAUAUAGGGUACAAGAAAUGUGUGCCUCACUGUGGUCUUUUGGUAUCUGAUGACCUGGUCGAGGCACUCCGGGUUUAAAGGCCUCCAAUCGAACUCGGCGGCGAUCCAUAUAUUCAGUUCCGCCCGGCAUAUUAACUUAGCCAACAUUUAGCCAGCUACCUUGUUGAUGAAUUGGGCGAUACAGCCAUCGAUCUGGCUAAGUUUCACGGGCAUGUGGAAACGGCCAAGGUGAUUGCUGAUCAUGGGAAUUGAUGCCGGCAGCACUCUCCGGGGGACGGGGGGCGUCUGGAGCAUCCUUCAUUAUACUGCCGAUGUAUUACGGGUAACUCUGAGCUCCCGGCUUACGUAUAAGUUUUGCUAUCUAUGAUAU